AUGGCUUGGUUUCCAAGCAGACUCCGAGUCCACCAGCCGGAAACACCAUUAGGAAUGGCAGUGCGUAACUUUAUAAGCAAGGUGGCUCUGGCUCUUUACCCAUACGUUUCAUUCGUGAUUCCCAAUUUCAAAGCUGCUCACUACACGUAUAUCAUAUUCUGGGUGUUUUUGGGGCUGGUGUUGAUGUACCCGGUCCACAACAUGCGGUAUAUUGACGUUUUGUUCUUGAGUGGAGGAGCUUCGACCCAGGCUGGUCUCAACACUGUUGACAUCAAUAACAUCAAAUUGUACCAGCAAAUCAUAGCGUAUCUCGUGACGAUGGUGACGACGCCCAUCUUUAUCCACGGUUCGUUGUUGUUCUGGCGGCUUUUCUUUUUUGAGCGGUAUUUUGACGGAAUAAAAGAACGGCUGAAACUCGACUUUAAGAUGCGACGAAAUGCCACUUUGGCGGCCCGGACCCGCACAAACGAGUCCACAAGAAAUACCGGCACCGACUCGUCUCGAAACGCUGGUACUACAAGAGUGAAUACUCCUAUUACGAGUGUUGAUCCUACGGAAAAAUCUGCUCAUGAACCGAACCACGGAGAAACUUCGUUGCCUUCUUCUGAGUCCACCGGAAACGCAGAGCACUACAGUGAGCCCAGUGACGACGACGAAAACCACCCCGAAACGUCGGCUGGAAUCCGGUUUGGAAAUCUUCCGCAACCUCGAAAAGUGGCCGUGGAGCCGUCCGACAUGUACCGGUCGAUUGCCAUGCUUCAAAAUAACCACCACGACGGAGGUGAUGGUGGAGGAGACGACGACGACGUGCUCAUCAUCAAGUCGCCCGGAGAAAUCGAAAACGACGCUGCUAACCCGAUUUACACCAAGCGGCUGCAAAUCCAGUUCAACGUUAACAAAUCUCCCAUCAAGGAUUGGAAGCGCAAAAGACGGAGAUCGCAGUGGCUGAUGCUCCGCAAGACGUUCAGCAACUCGGGAAGUCCCCGGCACCGUCGGCGCAUGCUGGCGCUGCUGAUAGCGCUGGAGGAAAAUGACGAAAAUGACGAAAAUGACGACGACGAAAGUAUUGAUUCCGAGGACGAAACUGGCCAUCAUCUGGACUACGCCGUGACGGACGACGACGCCAGCGAGCGGGAUUUGGGCAUAGACGAGAGAAUGGAGGCGGGCGAAGCCCAUAACGACCACCGACGACGAUUCAGAAAACAGUUGCGUCGACUCACGUCGUCCGGAAUGGUUCGAAAUUUCACCAACGCCAGCACAAGACCCGAGUCCGAGUCCGAGUCCGACGACGAGUUCGGUUUGGGGCGAACCAUGAGCACCAACUACUUGUCGUGGGUUCCCACGGUGGGCCGGAAUUCGACUUUUGUGCAUUUGACCGACGAACAAAAAGAUGAGCUUGGAGGAGUGGAGUACCGGGCAGUCAAGCUUCUCAUCAAGAUUAUUGUCGUUUACUACGUUGGGUACCAUUUGAUCGCACUUGCAAUGAUGUGGAUCUAUAUUUCCAAGAGACCCAACUACCAAGAAAUUCUUCGAGCCCAGGGAAUCAACCCAACUUGGUGGGCUAUAUUCACAGCACAAUCUGCCUUCAACGAUUUGGGUCUUACGCUCACAGCAAACUCAAUGGCAAGCUUUGACCGGUCGUUGUUCGUGUUGAUCGUUAUGAGUUUUUUCAUCGUGAUUGGAAAUACUGGGUUCCCGGUGCUUUUACGGUUCAUCAUUUGGAUCAUGUUCAAGUUUGCCAAACCGCUCUCGUUGUACAAGGAGUCGCUAGGGUUUCUUCUCGACCAUCCUCGUCGUUGUUUCACGCUUUUAUUUCCUUCGGUACCAACUUGGUGGUUGUUUUUUAUCCUUGUGGUUCUCAACGCCGUGGACUUGAUUUUGUUCGUGGUGCUCGAUUUGCACAAUAAGUACUUGAGCUCGUACCCAGUGGGGUACCGGGUGAUGGACGGGCUUUUCCAGGCUUUCAGUACGAGAACCGCUGGGUUUUCCGUGCUAGAUCUCUCCAAACUUCACUCGGCAGUCCAGGUCAGUUACAUGUUGAUGAUGUACAUCUCGGUGUUACCGUUGGCCAUUUCUAUCAGAAGAACUAAUGUCUACGAAGAGCAGUCGUUGGGAGUGUACUUGCGAGACGAAAACCACGAAGAAGCCAAUGACGACUCACCGCAAAACUUUGUUGGGGCCCAUUUGCGAAACCAAUUGUCGUUUGAUUUGUGGUUUAUUUUCUUGGGUUUGUUCAUUAUCUGCAUUGCCGAAGGCGGAAAACUCGACAACGACGAUUUCCGGUUCUCGGUGUUCUCGGUUCUCUUUGAAGUCAUCAGUGCCUAUGGAACCGUGGGUAUGUCGUUGGGUUAUCCGGACGUAAAUACCUCGUUGUCCGGCAAAUUUACCACACUUUCCAAACUCGUUAUCAUCGCUAUGAUGAUCCGAGGUCGUCACAGAGGCCUCCCGUACUCCUUGGAUCGUGCCAUUAUGCUUCCAGAUAAGCAAAUGGAAAGAAGAGACCGAGUACAAGAGAGCCAUGCUCUUCGCCGUGAGCAAACUUUGGAGCGUUCAGCUACCAUUGCAGACAAUCCUUUCACACGGAUAUUCACUCGCCGUGGCUCCAAUACCUCAGGCUUGCGUAGACGUCGCUCACGCAACAGUACCACGGGAUACGAGAUGGAAGACAUGUCUUGA